GAAUCCCAAACGAUGGGCACUGGAAAAUUAUGUGGUUUAUGUCUGCAUUAUGUUGAGCGCAAUGUGUGCAUUUGUCAUCAGCUACGAUCUUCAUUCUGUACAGAUGUGCAGGGACGAGGCAAUGGCCAAACCGCAAGCGGUUAAUGGUCGUUAUGAACUUUCGGCCUGUGUAUUUAAAGCGGUUGUACCACGGAAUCGUUGGUAAGUCUGGCUGUAAUUCUGCGUACCAUUUUCCCUUAUUCACGGUAGUAAUGUUCCAGUAAUCCUUCCACAGUUUCUUUGACAAGAUUUUAAAGUGUUGAUAAUAAUCUGUGAAGGGGACUUUACAAUCUUGUGUUUGGUCUUCGUGGUGAUCUUGCCGCGUCGCCUGAUCCACUAUCUCAUUUCCGACUAUGCCACUGUGUGAGGGAACCCAUAAGAAUUCUAUACAUUUUCCAAUCGUUUGCAGCUUAUCCUUAAUUUUAUACAAAAUAUAAUUCUGUUUAUAUACUAAAUUACAGUUACAUAAAGCAGAUAAAACACUUUUAGAAUCACUAACUAUCAAGAUAUUUACACUAUUUACAUUGGUAUUUACAUACCACAAAGCAGCUAAUAUAGCCCAACUUUCUGCUGUAAAAAUACUACAAUUACUUGUCAACUUAAUACAUUUAAUAACUUUCAUUUGUGGGUCAUAAAAUGCUGCUUUAACAAGAUCACUCUUGGAGCCAUCAGUAUAUAUAGUGUAAAAGUCUUUCUUUUCAUUUAAAAAUUCUAAGAAUUCAUUCUUAGUACUAACCGAAUUUAAAUGACAUUUUAUAUCAAGAUAAUUAAGUAAUGUAUCAUAUGGGCAUUUGUAAAUAGGCCACUUGUUACUGAUGUACAUAUCUCUUGUCUGAUUCUUUACACAAGUUGUUAUUGUUGUUAUUUCAGGCAAUGUACCCGAAAUAAGAGUAUUAGCCGAGAUGUUGGCUGUUCCAUUUAACUGGGAGACUUCUGCAGGAUAUAAAAUAUUACUCAGGACAAUAUCAUUGUUACAAGACAACUCCUUCAAACAGAAUCUUUCAGCCAACUGCAAACGCCGCAAGGACAAUGGAGGACGCACUUCAUAUACAGAAGGCUUCACAUUUAGAGCGACCACAGUUGGGUAGUGGUAACUGCCCAUCGGGUCGUCAUGGACGUGCCAUUCACAAAGAGGAGCUAAUGCGGAACUAACCAGAGCUAAAUCUAUUGCCGACUGAUUUCUGUUAGGAUACUGGACAGUUGUAGCUAUGUCACCAUCAUUCAGAAUACACAAGUCAAAGUCAUCAAUAAGUGCAUAUAAACUGUUACCUCUAUUAUUAUUUGUCUGACAUCCAAACAGGAUAUGGUGAGCAUUAAAAUCUCCCAUAAUAAGACAUGGCUUAGGAGUUUCAAGUAGCACCUUUUUCAUUUUGCUUGUAGCAGACCUGCUGCUAUUGGGAGGACAAUAUACACAUAGAAUAUGUAACUUACCCAUAGUUGUGUCUACGGAAAUGCAAAUAUUUUGCACAGAUUCGAAAAAAGUUGUAUUUACAAUAGUGUAUUUUAAGUUUUGUUUAAUUAAUAUACCUACUCCGUUAUGUUCAUUUAUUGAGUUUUUGUGUAUAAAAUUAUAGGGUGAAAAAUCGGGAAUUGUACUAGUUGUUUUAAGCCAGGUUUCAUUUAAGAGACAGAUAUCUAUAUGUUGUUCCGAAAGAAAUUUUUUAAGUAAGGCCCUUUUGCUCUGUAAGCUCUGUAUGUUAUAUUGUGCUAUAUUCAAAUAUGUAUCCAUUAUAUUAUUAAAUUACUUAAAAGUAUGUCUUUAAUUCUUUUAUUUGUAAUCGGAGCGCUGCUCUUGUCAUUGCCAAGCAUAACUAAUGAUUUGACUAGCGCAUUAAUAAUUAACUCGUUGUUUAGUAUUUGCUCAGCAUUAUAUGAUACUUUAUUUAUGUCAGUAUCAACAGUCUUUACAGGUUUAAGGUUUGGGAAUGCUUUCGGGUCGGGCAUUGCUGGUAUACUCACCACAGUGGCAUACGAUCGGUUUGGUUUUAAAUACUUAUUCUUCUUCUCUUCCAUCUUUUGUUGCUUCACUGGACAGUUCCUAGAGAUGGCCAAGUGACCACCAUGACAGUUGAUGCACACAAUUUCUUCGACGUCGCAUUCUUUGUAGGAGUGUUGUCCAGAGCACGAAGAACACCUUUGAGAACCUCGGCAGACUUUUGCAGAGUGAUUAAACUUCAGGCAUUUGUAGCACUGUAGUAACGGAGGUAUGUAUAUGUGGACCGGGUAUCUGAACAUCUGUAUGUAGGCGUGCUGCGGCAGCGCUGUUGCAGCGAAGGUCACUGCAAUGGUCCCCAGCGGAGUGAGCUUUCCAUCUACCUUUCGCAUAAAUCUCUUGACGGAGAUGAUUUCUGCAUCGCAGGUAAUGCUUUUGUAUAUGUCUUCAUUGCUUAAGUCUUUAGGUACGUAUCUUAUGACUCCAGUAAUUUCAGUGAGGUGCGCCGGCACGAAUGCUUUCAAUUUGUGUUUUCCUAGAAAGUGUGUCAUGGUAAGGAAGUUAUUGGCCGGUGCUGGUUUUCUGAACGUUAUGCCCACUUUAUAUGCGUUCACUCUGUGGACGCCAGCGAUUCCUUUUACAUUUUCCGUAAAUAACUUUGUAAGUGCUAUUGGAUUUUUGUUACCGAUUUUUUUCGUUUUCUUGUGAUUCAACGUAGACUACGCAGUCUACGCUGUGGUUUUCUGGGAAUUGUCGCGUGUAAUUUGUUUUUGUGAAAAUUUUGUAGUCGACGGCAUUUCCUUUGCGAGUAUCAUGCAAUUUCGUUUUCUUUGAUUCUUGCUCGGCGGGGGCCGGGCCCCCGUCGGAAUCUGGACCCAUUGUAUUUACACUAUAUAUAGGUAUGUACUAAUUAACUAUUUACACGGAAAUUUAC